CGAUCAUUAUAUAUAAACCUCUCUUAAACCCUCCCCGACUCGGCGAAACUCCUCUUCUUCUUCUUCUUCUUCUUCUUCUUCCCCAACGAUGUGCGAUUCUGACCUCGCGAUCCUCCGCGAGUAUGAGCUCCGCCUCCUCCGUUGCACCCUCCCUCCUCGCACUCCUCCUCCUCAAACUCCAUCUCCGCCUUCCGUUCCGAAUCACCACCUCCACGCCCUCAUCCACGACCUUCUCCUAUCCAUCGAGGCCGGCGAGUAUCACGCAGCUCUGCUCAACUCCGAUGCCCUCCGCCUCGUCUUCAACCUCUCCGCGAGUACCCUCCCCGACCUCUCCGACUCCACCGAAUCAGCUGAGGCUGUCUACUCCGAUUUGAUUGACCGAGCCGAGUCGUUUCUCGUGAACGUGUCGGGCAAUGAGGCGGAGAGUGGUUUGAGAGUUGUUCUCGUCUUGUGUGUGGCUGUGGCGGCGCUUUUGGUCUUCACUCAAUGUAACAUCACCGGACCAUUGAAGGGGUUUCCCAAGUGUCCUUUGCCAUUGGAUGUGGAAGAAUAUGUGGAGUGGGACAAUUGGGCCCGUCAUCAGCUCAUGUCUGCAGGUUCUGAUUUGCUCGGAAAAUUCACUCAUCUUCAGUACAUAGUCCUUGCUAAGAUGUUGCUUGUGAGGACAAAGGACUUGUCAGUUCAUGGCACUAUAGCUUCAGUGGAUGGACUGCAAAGCAUGUCAUGGUGGCUGGCCCGUGUACUAUUUAUUCAUCAAAGAGUAUUGGAUGAGAGGUCUUCUUCUUUGUUUGAUCUCCUGCAUGUCUUUGGUGCUGAGAGUUUGCACCAUUUUGGUAAUUUAGAGAAGGUAUCUGGUUACUGGGGUCCCAAGUUAGGUGAUGAUGAAAAAAAGGCAAUUGUAUCAAUGGUCCAUCUAGAAGCUGGUAUGAUGGAACAUAGCUAUGGAAGGAUUGAUUCUUGCAGGCAUCAUUUUGAUUCAGCGGAAAUGGCUGCUGGGCUUCAGCUCUCAGUGACUGGGGUUCUUGGAUUCCGAACUGCACAUCAGGUAGAAGCAAAAGCACAAAGGGUACUUGUUACAAACGUAAGCUCAUUGGACGAUGGAGAUAUAGAGCCGUUGAGGAGGCUUGGUGAAAAUAAUUCGAGAUCACUGCAAUAUGCCACAUGUGAGACCUCUGAUGUCUUGAUGACUCCUAAAUUGUUAGAGAAUAAUCAUGGUGAUGUUGAGAGUGCUGUUCAAAGCGUUCAGAAUGGUAGUGUUGCGGCUCUCCCAUUGCAUGCAUUCCAACAAGCAGUGAUCCUGGCAAAAUGCCUUCUGAUAGAAAGGAGCUCUCGGCAGGAUGAUAUGCAAAGAUGGGAUAUGGCUCCAUACAUAGAGACAAUUGAUUCCCAGCAGUCUGUGUGUUUCAUUAUACGUUGCUUCUGUGACAUAUUACGUAUACAAUGGGAGUCAACUCGUAGUCGCACAAAGGAACGCGCUUUGGUGAUGAUGGAUACUUUGGUUAAGGGUGUGUAUGAGCCUUCUCCACAAGUUGCCGAGAGGAUGUUCUGUAGCUUUGGAGUAUAUAUGCCCACUAUUCCUGCACUUCGAAAGGAAUAUGGUGAAUUUUUAAUAAGGUGUGGUUUAAUGGGAGAGGCAGUCAAGAUAUUUGAAGAUCUUGAGUUGUGGGACAAUCUUAUAUACUGCUAUCGUUUGUUGGAGAAGAAAUCGGCAGCGGUAGAACUUAUUAAAACCAGGCUCUCUGUCAUGUCCAAUGACCCGCGGCUAUGGUGUUCAUUGGGUGAUGUGACAAAUAGUGAUGCCUGCUAUGAAAAGGCACUGGAAGUUUCAAGUGGUAGAUCUGCUCGAGCUAAGAGGUCCCUUGCUCGAAGUGCAUACAACAAAGGGGACUAUGGGAAAUCUGUGGUUUUGUGGGAGUCUGCAAUGGCCUUGAAUUCUUUGUAUCCAGAUGGCUGGUUUGCGUUGGGUGCUGCAGCUUUGAAGGCGAGGGACAUUGAAAAGGCUCUUGAUGGGUUCACUCGUGCGGUUCAACUUGAUCCUGACAAUGGGGAAGCUUGGAACAAUAUUGCUUGUUUGCAUAUGAUCAAAAAGAGAAGCAAAGAAGCUUUCAUCGCAUUUAAGGAAGCCUUGAAGUUCAAAAGAAACAGCUGGCAGUUGUGGGAGAACUUUAGUCAAGUCGCCUUUGAUGUCGGUAAUAUCAAUCAGGCUUUGGAAGCUACACAGAUGGUACUGAAAAUGACAAACAGUAAAAGAGUAGAUGCUGAGUUAUUAGGGAAAGUCACUGAAGAGAUAGAAAAAAGAGCUGGAUGUUCUACCGAUCAAAAUCAAUCUCCUGAUUCCGAUGCAGAGUUGGCUAACGAGUCUGGAUGUACUGAUCCUCAGACUGGGAUACUACGGCAAACUGAACAGUUGGUAGACUCUCUUGGAAAGAUUUUACAGCAGAUAGUCCGAAGUGGUGCGGGAGCAGAUAUGUGGGGGUUAUUUGCAAGGUGGCACAAGAUGAAAGGAGAUCUUGUAAUGUGCUCUGAAGCCUUAUUGAAGCAAGUUAGGUCGUAUCAGGGAUCUGAGUUGUGGAAGGAUAGUGAUCGGUUUAAGAAGUUCGCCUUGGCCUCUUUGGACCUUUGCAGAGUAUAUAUGGAAAUUUCAUCAUCUACUGGAAGCCGAAGAGAACUCCUUGCAGCUGAGAUGCACUUGAAAAGCAUCAUUAGACAGGCUGGAAACUUUCUUGACACCAGAGAAUUCUCUGAUGUCCAAUGUUGCCUCGAUGAUGUGAAGAAGAAACUUCAAUCUGAUUCUGUUGCUUGAGGGUUGGACAGCUUCUUGAAGGCGUGCUCUCCUUUCUGAAGGUUCUAUGAUAAUGUUGGUCAAUGUGGUGCUGUCCUUUUGUACAGUUGUAACAAGUUGGCCAUCACUAUAAUGAGUGCAUUCGUUCACUAUAUUCUUGUCAUGAUAUGUAAAACUACUCGGUAUUACACUCAUCAGACGUCUGUUCCCAUGUAAAUAGUCUUCAUGAAGUGAAUUAUCGAAAAUUUGCCGAAUCAGGUUCAAGUCGUCCAGGGUACCUUCUAAUAACAGAGGAAAUUCGAUUUGGACUC